AUGGGCCCGAGACCGGCACUGGUUCAAUCUCGCCAGGAAAAGAACAGUGAAACGGCCGCUCGACUGAGAGACAAUAAGCGCCGACAUCGUGCUCGGCAGAAAGAGUACGUCCUAGACCUCGAGCGGAGGGUGACAGAGGCACGCGAGCAGGGGGUUCAGGCAACAAAAGAAGUGCAACUGGCGGCUCAGCGGGUUGUGCGUGAGAAUGCCGGGCUGAGAGACUUGCUUAGGCGAUCAGGGUAC